AUGACCGGCUCAUCGUUGUGGCUCGUCGCCAAAAGGGACGAUGAGCCCUUCAACAAGUCCAUGAAGGAACUGAUCGGGAGCACGCUGCCAUCAGACUUCCCGCACGCGCCCAAGCGCAACUUCAUCCCCCACGUGACGAUCACGUCGGACAUUGAGCCAUCCAAGACCUACGGCGCGGCGUCGUCGCCGCAGGAGUGGCUGGACUCGCUCACGCUGCCCGAAUUCAAAAAGGAGGCGAAUGAGGUCAACAUCGAGCUCGAGGAGCUCGAGGCCGGGGACCCCUUCUUCAAGAAGGUGACCCUGCGAGCGGCCAAGGACGCCAACCUGCUCAAACUCGCCGCCGCGUGCCGGCAGCAGGGGCUCCAGCUGUCGGAGGCCGAGGCGAAGAGCUGGGCCGAGAACGAAUACCUCCCGCACCUGAGCCUGUUCUACGGCGACAUCCCGCGCAGCGACGUGCAGAAGAAGAUCAGCCUGAUUGAGCUGCAGCUGGGCUUCGAGUUUGGCAGUCUCUUCGAUUGCUGUGGCGGCACGUUGUCCAUGGGCGCCAAGCUCGUGCUGGUCGACACCAGCAAACCCCUCGAGGAGUGGUCGCCCAUUGCGGAGAGGGAGUGCCCCUGGGUAAUGUGGAAGAUGGCCAAGGGUCUGUUGUGA